AUGGAUAAUUAUGAUCGUCACGUGACCAUUCACUCCAUCAUGGGGAGCUCUCGCUCCAAACUACCACCGCAUCAGGAGGCCAAACUACCCCCCAACAGGACCCAAGCCCACCCCAUCAGGAGGCCAAACUACCCCCCCAUCAGGACCCAAGCCCACCCCAUCAGGAGGCCAAACUACCCCCCAUCAGGAGGCCAAACUACCCCCCCAACAGGACCCAAGCCCACCCCAUCAGGAGGCCAAACUACCCCCCCAUCAGGAGGCCAAACUACCCCCCCAUCAGGAGGCCAAACUACCCCCCAUCAGGAGGCCAAACUACCCCCCCCAUCAGGAGGCCAAACUACCCCCCAACAGGACCCAAGCCCACCCCAUCAGGAGGCCAAACUACCCCCCCAUCAGGACCCAAGCCCACCCCAUCAGGAGGCCAAACUACCCCCCCCAUCAGGAGGCCAAACUACCCCCCAACAGGACCCAAGCCCACCCCAUCAGGAGGCCAAACUACCCCCCCAUCAGGAGGCCAAACUACCCCCCAUCAGGAGGCCAAACUACCCCCCCAUCAGGAGGCCAAACUACCCCCCAACAGGACCCAAGCCCACCCCAUCAGGAGGCCAAACUACCCCCCAUCAGGAGGCCAAACUACCCCCCAUCAGGAGGCCAAACUACCCCCCAACAGGACCCAAGCCCACCCCAUCAGGAGGCCAAACUACCCCCCAUCAGGAGGCCAAACUACCCCCCCCAUCAGGAGGCCAAACUACCCCCCCAUCAGGAGGCCAAACUACCCCCCAACAGGACCCAAGCCCACCCCAUCAGGAGGCCAAACUACCCCCCAUCAGGAGGCCAAACUACCCCCCCAACAGGACCCAAGCCCACCCCAUCAGGAGGCCAAACUACCCCCCCAUCAGGAGGCCAAACUACCCCCCCAACAGGACCCAAGCCCACCCCAUCAGGAGGCCAAACUACCCCCCCAUCAGGAGGCCAAACUACCCCCCCAACAGGACCCAAGCCCACCCCAUCAGGAGGCCAAACUACCCCCCAUCAGGAGGCCAAACUACCCCCCCAACAGGACCCAAGCCCACCCCAUCAGGAGGCCAAACUACCCCCCCAUCAGGAGGCCAAACUACCCCCCCAACAGGACCCAAGCCCACCCCAUCAGGAGGCCAAACUACCCCCCAUCAGGACCCAAGCCCACCCCAUCAGGAGGCUAGCCCGUCACAGCCCAAGUCCUCAGACAAGGCCCUCCGCGACCUGGUAGGAGAGCAGCGAUUGGUCCAGGGCUCUGAGAGGUCCUGCCCCCAGCUCUUCUCCUCGCUUCCUGACGUGUCGUCGGUCGGCCUCUCCGGGAGACCCGUAACCCCGGGUCACAGCUCUGCCCACGGGUCCACAGAGUCCCUCUCCCUCAGUGAAAAGCACUCGGAAAAACACGGAAUUCCGGACGAGGAGGAGGAUAUUCUUGAUUUAGGAGCGCUGGUCUCUGAACCGGACACACAGUUGCAACCGGAGGAGGACGAGGGGAAAAGGGGGGAGGAAGAGGAAGAGGGAGAGGGAGAGACAAGGAUUCCCCACUGUCUGGUGGGUUCUGUGUUUAGUGCAGAUCGCGACGAUGGUGACGACGAGAGGCCCGUGGCUUUCUCCGAGUCGAUUGGUCAGAGGGUGAGGAAAGAGAGGAAGAGCAGAACUAGGAAGACGGACUCUGAUAGGCUGGAGCCUGCUGACAUAGCGAAGGACGCUAGCCAUUCAGUGAGCGAGGGGGAUGGAGAGAGAGAGGGUGGAGGAGGGACGUUGGUGGGAGAAAUGAAUGAUGGAGGAGAGCAGGUGUGGGAUGGGGGAGAGGGGGUGAGGGGUGGGGGAGAGAGGGUGAGGCCUGAGUUGUUGGAGUUUGUUGGAGACUGGCCUUCAGAGGAGGUACUGGAGCAAAGAAGAAGAGGAGGAGGAAGGAAUGGGAAGCGCCCUGGGAGGGAGGAAGAGGGAGUUGAUGAGGGGGAGGAGGCAGGUCCCAGAGGCAGCCAAUCAGAAGGGCUUCCUGGUAGCGGGCCUCAUGUCACAGAGUUCCAGAAGCUUCUAGAGCUCUUACAGACAGGUGUUGACUCCCACCCUCUGCCCACCUGCCCUUCCCCCAUCCUCUCCCCCUUCUCCCCGAGCUCACACCAUUCAGUUGGAGGAGAAGGAGGAGAGAGGGGUGAGGCAGGGGGGAGGAGAGGGGAGGCUGAUAAAGACCGAGUCCUGAGUCGGGAGGAAUUACCUGACUGUGUGGUGGUUGAAUCCAACACCGUGGAGCAGAGGGAGGGAGAGACCAUCCAGGUCGCCGUAGAGGGGGGGACGACUCGGGGUUUAGUUGAGGAAGACUUGGUGGAGGUAGAGGGAAGCCAUCCUGGUAAGGUAGAUCGAGGCCAUGUUGGUGAGGUCAGUCAGUGUACUGAUGCUAGUGAGACCAGGAUGGAAGGUGAAGUCGGCCAUCUUGGUGGGGGCAGUCAGUGUGCUGAUAGUGACAGCCAUAUUGGUGAGGGCAGUGAGGAAGCUGGUGAAGACAGCCAUGUUGGUGAGGUCAGUCAGUGUACUGAUGCUAGUGAGACCAGGAUGGAAGGUGAAUUCGGCCAUCUUGGUGGGGGCAGUCAGGAGCGGAAGCAGCAGCAGCAGAGUCGCAGGGCGGGGAAACAGUGCAAACUGGCACUCACCUUCACAAACAACACCCCUCCCUCCCCCAAACCACAGAUAGACCUCGCCCCUGACCUUGACCCUGACCUUGACCCUAAUCUCGACUCUGACCUUGCCCCUAAUCUCGACUCUGACCUCGCCCCUAAUCUCGACUCUGACCUUGCCCCUAAUCUCGACUCUGACCUUAACCUUAACCCCGACCUUAACCCUGACCCUAACCUCAACCCUGACCUUAACCCUGACCUUGACCCUAACCUCAACCCUGACCUCGACCCUAACCUCAACCCUGACCUCGACCCUAACCUUAACCCUAACCUCGACCCUAACCUUAACCCUAACCUCAACCCUAACCUUAACCUUGACCCUGACCUCAACCCUGACCUUAACCCUGACCUUGACCCUAACCUCGACCUCAACCCUAACCUUAACCUUGACCCUGACCUCAACCCUGACCUUAACCCUGACCUUGACCCUAACCUCGACCUCAACCCUAACCUUAACCUUGACCCUGACCUCAACCCUAACCUUAACCCUAACCCCCACCGCCCCUCCCCUCCUCCGUCAUUGGCCGACACAGAUCGCUCCUCCCAGACCGACCCGCAAGACUUCGCCUUCCUCUGGCGUCUCGACCACAGUCGUCGCGACGACCCAACCGACGCCUCGGGAGACCGCUUUCCCGCUAACGACACCCUCGUCGUUCUCCACGGCAACCCUUCCCGUUUCCUCCCGGAGGUAUCGGCUGCGGUCUCGGCGGGCGUCGCGGUUAACCCUUCCGGCCAGCGAGUGGUGCCGUGCCGCGUGACGCGCGAGAAGGGGAACCAGGUGGAGGAGAGGGAGCUGGAGGAGGGACGGACCAGGCAGCAGAACCUCUUCAUUCUCAGACGCCAUUUUAAACUGGUCAACAGAGAGACACUGGACGACCUCUAUGACAAGUGUCAGCAGGACCUGGAGUGGACCACUAAUCUGUUGCUAGACUCUGGAGAGAGACUGUUCCUAGAGGAGGAAGAGGAGGAUGAAGAAGAAGAAGAGGGUGAUGAAGAUCUGGACAUGGCCGAGGCUGUGUGUCCGGAGGACGGGACGGAGAGACGGAUUACACCUCCAGGAGAGCAGGCUUCGGCCUCCAGCUGUUCUGAUAGUGAGACGUUUGGAAGAGGGAAGGAGGAAGAGGAAGCGCGGAGGACAGGGGAACGAGUGGACGAAGGGUUAAGGUGGGUUAGCGGACCGAACCAUCCUGUGUCUCGGGGCGGGGGCGGCGGCACAGAGGAGGGAAACUUGGGAGAGCAGGAAGUGGUUCGGGACUCGGAGAACGGAGGGAGCGCGGAGCGGUGGGAGAAAUGGGAGAGGGAGGAGGAGGGAGACGAGGUGACCCAGUCGCUCCUAGCCCAGCUGGAGGAGAUGGAGAGGAGAGAGGAAGAGGAGGAGGAGAGGAAGGAGAAGAGGAGGAAGAGACUCUUGGAUAUACAGAAUGUUGAACUGAAGCUGCCAGCAGAACUGGCCCUGCAACUGGCUGAGCUGUUUGGACCUGUUGGUGUCCUACCAGGUAUGUGUUCCCAUGAUGACUACGCUGUGAAGAUGGAUCUCAACAUGGCCAAACUGCUGCACCAGAAAUGGAAGGACACUGUCCAGGAGAAGCAGAGACAAGCAGCACUCUCCUACCAUCUACUACAAGAGAGCUCUGUCCACUGGGGCGAAUCGCAGACGUCCAAAACCGGGCUCAGGGACGGGUCACGCCCGGCUCACUUCCUGAUUGGUUCGGACGGCUUUGCGUCUCUGAGCGGCCAAUCAGAGGCUCAGGAUGAGUUGCCAAUCGUGGACCACUGGACUAUGUCCCGCCCCCACGUCUCUCUCAGAGACGUCAUGGCUGAAGAACGGGCUCUACAGGAGAAGAUGGAGAGGUCUCGUGGAGGUGGUGUCGACAGGAGAGAUGGAGCCGCCAUGUUGAAGGAGUCUCAGCUCUUUGACCUGUUCCCCAGCAUAGACAGACACUUCCUACAGGACAUCUUCAGAGACCACAAUUACUGUCUGGUGCAGACGGAGCAGUUCCUGAGGUCUAUGUUGGACGAGGGCCCUGUGAGAAACGUUGUGGCCCCAGAACACACACCACGUACACACAGCAAGGACCGAGACAAGAGGCGUGCAGCAGCAGCAGCGCCAGCGGCCCCUCCACAGUCCCUCUCUCAGUACCAGGAUGUUGAGGACCCAGAGUAUGAGGACUUCAGAGCCGAGGCCAGGCUCCAGAAAGGCAAACAGCUGGAGAGCUUCAGCAAGGCUGCGGAGGCUUACAAACAGGGACGCAAAGACGUGGCCUCAUACUACGCUCAACAGGGUCAUCUCCAUGGUCAGAAGAUGCAUGAAGCUAAUCACCGUGCAGCGGCCCAGAUCUUUGAGCGGGUCAACUCCUCCCUGCUGCCUCAGAACGUUCUAGACCUCCACGGACUGCAUGUCGACGAGGCUUUACUCCACCUGUCACAGGUGUUAGAGAGGAAGACCACAGAGUAUCAGCAGGGUGUGUGUGGGUCUCAGCUGUCAGUGAUAACAGGAAGAGGGAACCACAGUCAGGGAGGAGUGGCUCGUAUCCGCCCUGCCGUCACAGACUACCUCCACACACAGGGCUACAGGUUUACUGAGCCUAAGCCAGGUCUGAUGUUGGUGUGUCUGAACUGAGAUGAAGCUGGUCAUGUGACUGACUGUCCUUAUCAAGACACUAAUCUCUCCUCCCCUGGAAUCUACCUCUACCACUUCCUCUCUCACAUACACAAGAAACACACUCUCUCUCUCUCUCUCUCUCUCUCUCUCUCUCUCUGUCUCUCUCUGUCUCUCUCUCUGUCUCUCUCUCUGUCUCUCUGUCUCUGUCUCUGUCUCUAUCUGUCUCUCUCUCUCUCUCUCUGUCUCUGUGUCUCUCUGUCUCUGUCUCUCUCUCUCUGUCUCUCUCUCUGUCUCUCUCUCUCUGUCUCUCUCUCUCUGUCUCUCUCUCUGUCUCUCUCUCUGUCUCUCUCUCUCUCUCUCUCUCUCUCUCUCUCUCUCUCUCUCUCUCUCUCUCUCUCUCUCAUAUUUUAAUUAUUUUAAUAGCUGCCAAAGAAAACGUCUUAACCUCCUUUUUAUGUCUUCACUGUUGCCAGUUUUGUACAAUAUUUGUGUUUUUGAAUGAAACUUUAUCAGGAUUUUACAAACGAUGACAGGAGCAAGAGUUCAUUUAAAUUAGAUUAAAUGUAGAUAUUAAAUGUUGACUUUUAAAAUACAUUAAACACAGUUCUACAUUUUAUAAAACCAUAAUCAAA